AUGGCUUGGCCAAACCCAUUCCGUAGGCGCACUGAGAACACUCGAAGUGCCUGGGCCUAUGAGUUCGAGUGGACGGAUGAUCAUCUUACGCCUGAGCAGUCAGAGUCACUGAAACACUCAUACGAUGUACUGGCCGAAGAAUGUCUGGACCGACUCAAUACCAUCUCGCCACCUCAGAAGGGGGUCUUGCCAAGAAACAGCAAUCAGCAGCCGGAACCCGUGCGCACCAAGGGCACCGACGAGGAAAAGAAGGAUGUCUACCCGGUGCCAAAGCGGGAUUUGUAUGCUCUGCUAAAAGAACACCACGAAACGGACGCAAAGCUCGAUGAGCUGUGGCAACAAAUCAACACUGUACCAGAUUGGGUAGACUGGGAUCAAAUCGAAAGAGGCCAGGACGUGUUCUACCGCUAUGGGGGUCCUGCACUGACUGGACUCACGUUCCAAUCUUUACUUGGGGGGAUGGGUGCUGCGCGAGUCGUUGAGACUCUGGCUCGCACUGGAGGAUUCAAUACGAAGGUGGCAAGAAGGCGACUUUUCGAAACCACACAGCACAUCCUCCAGUGUACAAGGUCCCUGGAAGGCAUCAAACCUGGCGGUGAAGGACACGCUUCGUCUGUAAGGGUGCGUUUACUGCACGCGGCGGUGCGCCAACGCAUCUUGAGGCUCGCAGAAACAAAACCUACUUACUACAAUGUAAAAGAGUGGGGGAUACCGGUCAAUGAUCUGGACCAGAUUGCGACCAUCGGCACGUUCUCUUCGUCGUUAAUAUGGCUCAGCUUCCCUCGCCAGGGCAUCUUUCUCAGCAAUCAGGAAAUCGAGGAUUAUCUUGCUCUGUGGCGAUACAUUGCGUACAUCCUUGGCACACCGGACACCUUUUUCACCUCUACACCGAAGGCAAAAGCCAUCAUGGAGUCACUCUUCUACAACGAGGUUCAUCCUUCAGAGAUGUCAAAAACAAUGGCUAACAACAUCAUCCUUUCUCUCAAGGAGACACCUCCUACUUUUGUGUCCGCCGAUAUGCUUACCGCUAGUGCACGCUGGUUGAACGGAAAUGCCUUGUCCGAUGCUCUUGGUCUCAGACAGGUGUCUCUAUACUACUGGGCGCUGAUGGCUGGCCAGUGCCUCUUCUUCGCCAUAUAUUGCUACAUGAACCGCCUGAUCCCUGCCUGGGAUCGCGACCAUGUCAGACGAGCAAAGAUAGUGUUCUGGGAUGUGAUAGUUAAGGCGAAGUGGGGUCUUGCUAACGAGGAGACUUCAUUCGACUUCAAGUAUGUACCAGAGUACGAUACUCUGACGGAAUUGGGCAAACACGAGGAGCGUAAGCUGAAGAGGUCCGGCAUCGAGUCCAGGAACCUGAGAACCUUCGCUAUCUUUGCUGGUAUCUCUCUGGUGGCUUUGAGUGUUGGCACAUAUGCCACAGUAAAGGUGGCAUCCCGAAUUGUCGGAACCAUGUGGUAA